GGAAUCCUGGCUACGUGUGAAUAUGUUCUCUGCAUUCUUCUUUCUUCCUGUCACCUUUGUUAUCAAGCUCAACUCGUGUUAAAUAUUUUUAUUGUUUUGUAUUUAUCUCAUUUCACAGACUUUUUCCAGAAAAUAUGGCCGAUACUGAGGUGGAUUCGGCGGUCGCCCCGGCCGCCGAUGCUGAUGGCCAUUCUUUGAAGGAGAAGGAGGAGAAGGAUAUUGUUGAGAGUUCAAAAACUGAAGAACCUGUUAAACCUGAGAUCAAACCUGAAGAAUCUGAAUCCAAACCAGAACCUAAACCAGAACCUAAACCAGAACCUGCACCUCUUAUAGUGCUCUCCACUCUGUCUGGAGCAGAGAAAUCCUCAUCUCAGGAAGUUGAGGCGGUAGUAGCAGCUAAACAAGCUGAAGACACAAAACCCACUGUUGAACCAUCCGCCGCAAAAGAAGAAUCGGUGAAAGAUGAUGCUGAGAGUGAGGAGAGUGAAAGUGAUGAUGAUGAUGAAGAGGCUGAAGAUGAGGAUGAUGAAGAGGAUGAACCACCCCAGAAAACUGUUCGAACUCCCGCCAAAACCCCGGCCAGAAAAGCUGUACCGGCACGGACCCCGGUCAAUGCCACGACCAAGUUAGAUUCUACGGUAAAGAAACGUGGUCGGCCGUCUCGAGCAGAUAUUCAAGAGAGAGAAAAGGAGAGAGAAGCAGCUCUAGCUCGAGGAGAACCAGACCCAGAGCUGAAAAGAAAACGAAGAAAACCAAACAAACUUAUUGAUGCUGCAAGUGAGGAGGAGGAGGAGGAGUCGAAAACAAAGAAGAGUAGAAAGAUUAAGGAAGAAAGCACCGAAGAAAGUGACACUGAGAAGAAACCCAAGAAGAAAGGAAAAGGGAGAAAGGUUUUGACCGCUAAAGAAUUAGAGGAGAGGGAUAAAGAGAGAAAGAGGAAAUAUCAUGAGCAGAAGCAAAUAGCCAAGGAGAAGAAAGAGAGAAGAGAGAAAUACUUGAUAAUGAAAAGAGAAGAGAAGAAACAACAGAAGCUGGAAGAAAAACAGCGGAUAAUUGAGCACGACAAGAGGAUGGCUGAACUCCGUGCUCAGUAUCUUGAUGACAACGCUAUGGAUGGAACCCAUGGGUCGGCUGGAGGACCUUGUACUCCGGCGGAGUUCAUGAUGGAUGAAAACUCCCAGUCCAGUAUGGGUAGCAUGUCUGCCUCUGUGUCGAAGAAGCGUAAAUGCUGGGGGGAUGUUGGAGUACAAGAAAUGAAGGGAUCUCACAACCCUUUGGCUCAUGUGACCGCGGACACAUUGUUUGAGUACAAGUGGCCACUGGAGGGACGCAACUCUGAGCAUUAUUUCUUACAAGAGCAGGUGACAGAGUACCUUCAGGUCAAGAGCUUCAAGCGGAAGUACCCAGACUGUCCCAGGCGACUGGUCGACAUGGAAGAGAGGGAUUUUCUCAUGGAGAUGAAGAUCGUCAACGAGAUGCAGGCCGAUCUCGGGCUCACAGCGAUCCCGUCCAGCGCAGUGUUAGACAUCAUGUGCCAGGACUUCUACGAUAAGUACGAGUACUAUAUGGGUGUUCUGAAUGAGAGAAAGGAGAGGAGUUUACGCAACUGUAACUACAGCUCCGGAGGAGGUGAUGUUAAAGUUGAGGAAGCUGCUAAAAUUGCUGCUGAAUACAACAAGCAGCUGAACCUGGAGCGUAAAAGGGAUAGAAGUUCACACUUUGACAUGCAAACCUUUACUGUUCAUUAUCCAAGGACAGGUAAGGGUCGGAUGAAGGUAUUGGCCCGACCUAAACUAGGAAAUUAUCCGAUUGGCCUGAUCCCUGGACAGUUUGUGGACUCCUUCAAGUCCUACUCCAGCAAGGAGCUCAAGUACUUCCCUCUCAAUACCGUGAUGGUAGCUCCACCCAAACCCGGAGUAACUCUGAAGGAUCUGAACCUUGGCUCCGAGGGGUCAGAGUCUGACAGUGACAGUUCUAGCUCCGGGUCUAGUGAUGACUCCGACAGUGAGAGUGAGGUUGAGAAAACCACCCGGAGCGGGAAGAAGCUGAACUCUGUCAAGAAUGAGACUCCGGAACUGAAAGAAGAGGCUCAGGUUCCGGCUCCGGAGACCAAACCAAACCAGGUGGAGGAGGUUCGACCAAACGCAAUCUGUAAAAUGUGCCAGGGGAAUGUUGGGCAGAAUAAGCUAGGUUUAGCUGAGAUGAUGUUGAACUGUACAAAGUGCGCGCAGUCCUGCCAUCCGACCUGUGCAGGUCUACACCUAGAUCUACUGCAGUACGUUACAGGGUACAACUGGGAGUGUACAGACUGUAAGAUGUGUCUCAAGUGCAAGGAUCCCUCGGACGAGGACAAGAUGUUGUUCUGUGAUCUGUGUGACCGUGGAUACCAUAUUUACUGUGUAGGACUGCAGGAGGUUCCUAGCGGGCGAUGGCAUUGUUUCAACUGUACAGCUUGUAUCUCAUGUGGAGCAACUACACCCUUCGAGGAUGGAAAGGUAAAAAUCGCCUGGGUAAAUUUUUUAAAAUCUCUUCAGAGCUUUUAA